UUGAGUGAAAAUUGUGUCGAUAUUGGUACCUUGCGCACAGGCAACUUUAACAACAAGUUAACAUAAUUUACGCUGUUCUAAGAAAUUUUUUUCAAGAGUUUAAGGGGAUAGAAGCUGAUUUUUCGUCCAUAGAGAUGUUCUUAACAGUCCUUUUAGCGACCAGCAUCCUAUCUUCUGAAAUGGUUGCCAGUGGAAAUAUUCGCUCUAACACGAUGUACAAGAAGACCCUUAGCAACAAAGAUGCUUUGUGUAAUGACGGAACAACAGCAAUUUAUUAUAUGGAUGUUCAGGAGCCAUCACAGUGGAUUAUAUUUUUGGAGAGCGGAGCGUAUUGUCUCACAAAGGCUCAAUGUCAUGCACGAUUUGGGAGCGAGUUAACGAACGCUCUAAUGACAUCCAAGUACAUGCCAAGCACAAUCAGUGGGAAGGACUUGCUCUCAACAACUCGAAACGAGAAUAAGUUAUUCUACAAUUAUUCACGUGUUUUGAUACCGUAUUGCAGCAGCGAUGCAUGGCUGGGAACACAAAACAGAGCAUCAAGCAGUGUGGAACAGUUUGUUUUCAGCGGUAAAAUCAUUUUUCAAAGCGCUAUUUAUGAGCUGCUCGACCAAGGUUUGAGCCGAGCGCGUGAGGUUGUUUUAGUUGGGAGCAGCGCGGGAGGGGUGGGUGCGAUCAACCACGUACAAUGGUUACAAGACCUUAUGUCAUCCAGGAAUUUACAUGUUAGCAUUUCAGUGAUCAUAGACGGUGGAUGGUUUUUGAAUUUCCGAGAGAGCAUCACAUCAAAGGUUGCUAAGGAAUUCUACAUCAUCGGUAAGCCGUUAUCAAGCGCAUGUGCAGAUACUACUCAUGGAUAUCCGUGCUGUUUGUCAGCAUCAUGUAUGCUUAAACGGGGAUACUACCCAUCAAACGUGCCAACGCUAUUUGUGUUCAGCAUGUAUGAUAUUUAUAUCAUUGGAGACAUUGUCGCCCGUUUGUCGAAAAGAGUUUCCGUCGCAGAUAACGGUGUGACAGAUCUGAUAACUCUGAUCGAGUCAUAUGGGGGUGCCAUGAACCAAUCUUUGUUUGCAAUUGAACCCAGAUCUUCAAAUCUUAGUUACUUUGUGCCCGCGUGUUUUCAGCACACUUUCUUUGGCAUGUCAAGUUUAAGAGAUGAAGGAGAAGUGCUUCACUACAGUAGAACGUUCAACCAGGGAAAUGCUUUUUUCCGCUUGUCCAAAGUACCCGGAAGUUGGUUGCGUACAACAAUAGGACGUGGAAACGAAAUCAUUAGUUUGCAGUCCACUCUUCAAAAAUGGUUUGAGAAACGUCAUCAAUCUGUGAGAGUGACUGACACCUGUCUUGGACCAAUGUGCAAUCCCACGUGCUCGGAGUCACUUAAAUUUGUGGACACCGCUGUGGACUGGGGAGAGGUGCUCAAUUGGGUUAUUCUAUUCUUGUCCCUGGUACCCACUGGUGUUUGUGUAGCGGUUAAGAUCUGUUUUAUGGUCCAGUUACUUCUCUUGGCACGAAAUAAAAAGCGAUAUCUUGGAGACCAUAAGGAGUCGCAGCAGGUGUCCGGUUAUGGCGAGGCAAUAACACUUUUACUGUACUCGUCCUCACAAGUUUCUAAUCAUUCCCCAAGUUUCGAAAAUCUGGAACCAGAAGAUUUCAAAGAACGAUCAAUGAAGGAGGAGGAUACGUUCUCUAAUAAUACAAUAUUUUACCGAACAGCGCAAUAUCUACGUUUAUUAUUUCUCCAAAAUCACGGGAACGAACAGUUUAAAAGCAAUGCGAUUUGCAAAGACGUUAAAUGCUCGGAAAAUAAAGAAAAUAGCGGUUUUUCUCGUUCAACUACCAGGAAUGAUCCAGAAAGAAGGACAGACGGAAAGAAAGAUUCCUGUAUGUUGAGGAUCAAGAACGCCACAUUGAGCUUCAAACAAGGUGAAUUUAUUGCAAUAGUGGGAAAGCAUGGAGCUGGUAAAACAAAACUACUGAGUCUUUUGAGUGGAAAAUUAAAGUGUGGAUGUAAGCAGAAACAUCUCAAUAUGCAAGGUAGCGCACAAAAGGAAGCUCGAAAUAGUUAUAUUUUUCUCAAUCAAUUUAAGAUGCCUUAUUAUGGAGAGGUUACGGUUAGACAGUAUUUAAUUCUAACCGCUUUGAUGCGAAUGUCCAGAAAAACGAAAACUGCGGUCAAGUUGGAAAGAGUGGAUCAGGUGAUGUCCGAGAUGAGACUAAAUUCUUUAGCAGAGGAAACGUUUGCUGGGUCGAGUAAAGAGAACCUUACCGAUUUACAGAAGCGCUGUAUGUGCCUGGCAAAUCAGCUCAUUACCAGACCUCGAGUCAUAUUCUUAGAUGAACCUAUUACAGGUCUGGACUCUGCCUCUUCCAUAGAAAUGCUGAACAUUCUAAAACACCUUUGUAACAAUGGACACCUAGUAAUAAUGACCAUGCAGACUCUACCUGGUAAAACAGCCCUGAUGUUCAAUCAACUGGUUUUAGUUGCUGAUGAACAGGUUAUAUAUUGUGGUGACCCUGCAGGACUCUCAGAUUGCUACGAUCGCGUGUCACAAGAUAAAAGAGGAUUAGAGGACAUUAUUUCAGAUAUUCUGCGAAAUGAGAAGAUGAUAGAGGCUACUUUGUUACAAAAUCAGCCUGAAAAGUGGAGAGAGGACGACUUCCGCUCAAAAAACGCAAAUAAGAAUCUCUUGUCAUCUUCGUCUGAAAGUCCAGAAGAUGGUGGAUUCCUUACCAGGCUUUUUGUGAUAGACUACAGAGCCUCGUUAUCGAAUACUUUUGGACAGACAGUGUACCUGCCAAUCAUGUUCCUCGUAUUUGGAGUGACAGCUGGAAUAGUUUAUUGGCAAGCAGAGACGCCGUUACAAAUAAUGACCGCCUACUGCGGUUCGUCUAUUCCCAGUCUCUUAUUCAUGGGCUCGGUUCUUCACAAGCGAAUCAACAAGAAUUUGGAAAUUCGACAAAUAGAAUCUUCAGAAAACGUCGGUUUCUCAUACGAACACGUGAUGCAGACAUUUCUUAGCACAUCCGCUGCCUAUGUCAUACCAGUGAUCGCAUGCUCAGUUUUGACAUACUUCAUGGUGUUCACGUCAUACAACUGGUGGCGAUUCGUCCUAGUUACAAUCAUGUCACUGGUGUUGAACCAAACGUGGAUUGCAGUUUACAUGUUGGCAACUUACAUUACACCGAGUAACGCGUGUCACGCAAGCGGCGUCAUAGCUGCAUUAGGAGGAUUCUCCGGCGGAUUCAUUGUCACAUGGAGUCAGAUGCCCAUAGGGUACAACUUAUUAUUUUACGUCAAUCCUCAGUUCUAUGGCUACUCUGCGAUCACCAAGAUCUUGUUAAAGAACGUUCGAAUGAAAUGUGAAUACGAAUCCACACUGAACUGUAUCAGUAUGGAUGGUAAUGCUGUGUUGGCCAGAUUUGAGUUUGACUCGGUCAAUCCCUAUGGUUAUUUAGUGAUAAUGCUCUGUAUCACAGUGUUAUCGCUGCUUUUUUCCUGGUUAUUGUGUGACUUGAGAACAUCUCGAUGACGUCAUCACGAAGUUAACUACGCGUCGAAAAAAAACUGCUUCUUGGUUUGUGGAACGAAAGCAACGUGUCCAGCGCGAUUUGGGCAGCACUCAAACCCCAAGUAGUAUCACCAACAUAUAUAACUCCACUGCUAAGCCAGCGACGAUUGAACGGACCACGAACUUCAAUCGCGGCAA